AUGAGUGGAGAGCUCAUGGUUCCAGGAUCUCUGGUGGCUGACAAGAAAAUUGUCACCUUAUUUAGCAUUUUACUCCUCUUAUGCCUGGUGGCGGUGAUGGGCAAUGGCUUCAUCACUGCAGCUCUGGGUAUGAAGUGGCUGCUGCAGGGGACGCUGUCAGCCCACAAUAAGUUACUAGUCAGCCUGGCCGCCUCUCGCUUCUGUCUGCAGUGGGUGGUGAUAGGUAAGAAUACCUAUGUUCUCCUGUACCCAACCGUCUUCCCAUACAACUCUGUAAUGCAGUGCCUAAGCCUGAUCUGGGACUUCCUGAAUGCUCUCAUCAUCUGGCUCUGCACCUGGCUUGGUUUCUUCUACUGCAUGAAAAUUGCGACCUUUCCCCACCCUGUGUUCCUGUGGCUGAAGUACAAGGUUCCUGGGUGGGUACCGUGGAUGUUGCUCAGCUCUGUGGGCUUCUCUGCAUUAACCAGCAUGCUGUGCUUCAUAGGCAACAACAUAAUAUAUCAGAACUACCUAAAGAGUGGUUGUCAGUCUUGGAAUGCCACUGGUAACAGCCUAAGAAAUUCACUUGAGAAAUUCUAUUUCUUCUCUGUCAAGAUGAUUAUGUGGACAAUCCCUACUGUUCUCUUUCUGAUGUGUAUGGCUUUGCUGCUCACAUCUCUGGGAAGACACAUGAGGAAAACCCUCAUGAAGACCCUCUCAGGACUUCAAGACCCCCGGGCCCAGGCCCACAUCAAAGCUCUCCUUACUCUUCUUUCCUUCGUCAUCCUCUUUACCUCUUGCUUUCUGACGCUGGUUCUCAGUUCUGCCAGUAGCACCCCAUUUCAGGAGCUGAGGUACUGGAUAUGGCAGCUGGUGAUUCACCUUUGCACAGCAACACACCCCAUCCUUCUGCUGUCCAGCAACCCCAGGCUGAGGGUGGUGUUGGACAGGGGCUGUUGCAGUGGCUAA